CGCUCGCUGCCUCCCCCCCCGCCAUCUCCGCUCCCUGCCGGGAGCCAAUCAGAGCGUGCGGACAGAGCGUGAGGCCCGCGGGCCCGCGUGCAGACCUGCCUAUAAAACGGGGAUCCAGGAGCAAGCGCGCUGCUCACUCGCCGCUGGCGCUCGGGGCGGACGGGCACGCGUCAGGUGAGAGCGAGAGCGCCAGAGCGCCAGAGCCGUCCCGCCCGCAUUUCACCCCAACGCCCGCCGUGCAUCCUCUCCGCUGCCGUCGCCCUCUCGCCAUCCCGCCUAACGCUAUGAAGACCAAGUUCUGUAAUGGGGAGACCGAUCCUUCUCCGCUUGGGCUCCUCCUCGGCUGCAGUCCCGGCUCCGGCGGUAGCGGCGGCGUCCUCCCUACUGCUGGGGAGCCCCCGUUGCCGCUGGCUCACGCCGACUCCGAGGGUAAAGACCCCGUGGCGACGGGCAGAGGCGAGGGCGCCCUGAUCCCGCCUUCCGAGGUGCUGCUGCCGCCGCCGGAGGAGGAUUCUCUGCUCGACCCCCGGACGCGGCGCAAGGCGUAUCUGUGGUGCAAGGAGUUCCUGCCUGGGGCCUGGCGGGAGCUGCGGGAGGAGCAGCUGCAGAUCAACCCCAUCAGAGGUGGCCUCAGCAACAUGCUGUUCCAGUGCUCACUCCCUGAUACAGUGGAGACACUUGGAGAUGAACCACGGAAAGUUCUCCUGCGCUUGUAUGGGGCCAUCCUGCAGAUGAGGUCCUGUAAUAAAGGAGAGACUGUACAGUCUCAGAAAGACAGUGACUUGCAAGGGGCAGAAGCCAUGGUUUUGGAAAGUGUUAUGUUUGCCAUUCUUGCAGAGAGAGCUCUGGGCCCAAAACUGUAUGGGAUCUUUCCACAAGGGCGACUGGAGGAAUUCAUUCCUAGCAGGAAACUAAGCACUGAAGAACUAAGCUUACCUGACAUAUCUGCUGAAAUAGCUGAGAAGAUGGCCAGGUUUCAUGGCAUGACAAUGCCAUUUAAUAAGGAACCUAAGUGGCUCUUUGGAACAAUGGAAAAAUAUCUAAAUCAGGUGCUGAGGAUUAAAUUUACCAAAGAAUCCAGAACUAGAAAGCUGAACAAACUCCUCAGUUACAAUCUCCCACAGGAAAUGAAAAAUCUACGAGCUAUGCUUGAAGCAACUUCAUCCCCAGUUGUGUUUUGUCACAAUGACUGUCAAGAAGGUAAUGUUUUGUUUCUGGAAGGCAAAGAGAAUUCAGAAAACCAAAAGCUGAUGCUCAUUGACUUUGAAUACAGCAGCUAUAAUUACCGAGGAUUUGACAUUGGGAAUCACUUCUGUGAAUGGAUGUAUGAUUACACGUAUGAGAAAUACCCAUUCUUCAAAGCUAGUUUCCUUAAAUAUCCUUCAAAGAAGCAACAGCUUCAUUUUAUCUCCAGUUACCUCUCUGCAUUCCAUGAUGGCUUUGGAAGUCUGAGCAAUGAAGAAAAGUCCAAACUAGAAGAAGAAGUGUUGAUAGAAGUUAACAGGUUUGCCCUUGCAUCACACUUCUUCUGGGGUCUGUGGUCUAUUAUACAAGCAAAGAUCUCAUCCAUUGAGUUUGGUUACCUGGAAUAUGCCUUGUCCAGGUUUGAUGCAUACUUUGAUCAGAAGAAGAAGCUGGGAGUGUGAGUGUGGGAGGAGUGCCUGUUGUUUACUGUAUGAAGAUGGCAGCUGGACAGGACUUACACUGUGCUUAGGCUACUGUAUCCAUAAUGAAGGUGUCAC